AUGUCAGCUUUAAGGGCUUUCAUGAUUUAUGAUUACUAAAGAAGUUUUUUCUUUAUGUUCAUUAGAAGAGGUUUCUAAGUUUCUCUUAAAUGGAAUGGUUGUAGAAAAGAAUUGGAAAAUAAAUUUUAAGAAAUGAUCAAAUAGCCCAAAGAAAAUUUAGAGUAAUCUUCAGAUUAUGGAAAUUUUAAAUGUAAAUACGAUCAAAAGAAUAGUAAUUUGUUUAAAUAAAUUAAGAAUGCUAUUUCAUAUUAUUAAGUAGUAUUGAAGUUAAAGAAGAUUAUUAAAAUUAAGUAUUAGAUGAAAUUUAUGAAAUGAUUCAAAAGAUUCCAAAUUAUUCUAAAGUAAAAUAUAUAUAAUAAAUUUAGAUAAAAAAAGAAGAAUUUGAAUAAAAAGAAACAGAAACAAUUAAGUAAUUUCUUGAUGAAAAAGAAUAAAAUUAUACUCAAAAAUAUGGUAAAGUAUAAGAAUUUUAGGAGCCCUUUGAAUCAAAAAUAGAAAGUUAAAUACAAUUAUAAGUAAUAAGACAUAAUUAAUAUGUAGAGUAAUAUCUAAUCAUAAUAAAGAAUGGGAUCCUAAAUUAAUAAUUUUUAAAAUUAAAGAGCUGUUUCCAUGAUGUAGAAUACAUCUUCUAUUAAUAAAUAAAGUCAUGGAAUUAGUUCUGAUAAAGAUUUAAGUGCUGAUAUGUUGAUUAAGAUAUUUAGAUGUUUCAUGAUGUGGGAUUACAAUAGAUAAUUUUUUUUUAUGUUUAUAAGAAAAGGAUUUCCUAUUGAUAAAACUUGGGCCUAAGAAAGAGUAAAAUUAGAAAAGGAACUUCAUGCUAAAUAAUUAGAUCCAAAUGAUCCUAAAGCUAAACCAAAAGAACCUCCAGAAUAAUUCAGUUAUAGAGGAAGUUUUGGUUAAUAUAAAGCAAAAUAUGAUAAAAAAGCAAGUAUUGAUUUUUAAUAUCUUAAGAAUGUUACUUUAUCUUGUUAUCUAGAUUCAAGACUAAGGAAGAACCUUAACUUAAGCUAUUAGAUAUUUUAUAUGAUGAAAUAUAAAAAGUAGAAAAAUAUAUUACUGUAAAAAAAUUUAUUUUUAUUUUUAGCUUAAAUAUGAUGCUUUGGAAAGAAAGAAAAAAAGAGAAAUAGAAAAAAUUAUUGAUGAACAUGAGAAGGAAUAAUAAAAUCAAGUGAGUCAGAGAUUUAUAGACACAAAAAUUAUGGAAUCUAAACUAGGUUUCCUUCAUUCCCCAGAAAAAAUGGAUCAUACUGUCUCACCUUAAAAUGGAUUAGCAUCAAAUAACAAUUUGUCUUCAAAAAAAAGUUCCAUUUUUGUUUCUAGCCAACCUUAAUAAAUUUAAUAAUAAUAAUCCCAAAUCAAUUCGUCAAGAUUAUUACAAUAAAAAUCUAUAUAUCCUUAAUAGCAACAAUAAUAGCAACCAUAAUUAGAUGAUAAAGAAAAAGAUAAUUUGUUAAAAUAAGAAAAACAAGAAAUUUAACCUAGUCCUGAUCUUAAUGCUGAUCCAAAUGCUGAUGAUUAUAUUCCUGAUUAUACAGAAGAUGGCUUAUUGGCAGAAAAAAUUAAUUUGUAUUAUACCAAACCAUUAAAUGUUUCUUAAUACAUUAAAUCUGGGAAUUGA